GAAGUUAUCUUUUUGCGCAAUCCCUUUCUGUCAAGGCCACUCAACCGCGGGCCAGGUGCAGAGAACCACACAAACUGACUGGCAAAUGACGUUACCAUUUGUUCGCGGAAGUGGCUUUUUUUGUGUCGGUAGAAAGGGGGAGGAAAGGAAGAGAAACUAAAGAAGAAAAGUUUCAGCCCUCUUUCUAAAUAAAUUCAUAUUCGCACUGUACGACAGCUGGCGAUUUGAACUUUCACAUUCAGCCACUUGUGUMAUUUAGUUAGAGGUAGGCCUACGGGACAACAACAGCUGGGAGAAAACAAGAGGCACAAAAGGGACAAGGAGGAAGAUAGCUGGAUAUGAACCGGCUGGGUGGGGCGUCCAGGAGGGCGCGGGUGGAGGGGGGGCAGCUGGGGGGAGAUGAGUGGACGCGCCACGGCUCCUUCGUCAACAAGCCCACCAGAGGAUGGCUACACUCAGACCACGUGGUCAGCACCACUGGGGUUGCCUACUCAGUACGGUAUAUGGGCUGUGUGGAGGUGCUACAGUCUAUGAGGGCACUGGACUUCAACACCAGAACUCAGGUCACCAGAGAGGCUAUCUCAGUGGUGUGUGAGGCAGUGCCUGGAGCCAAAGGAGCCCAACGCAAGAGAAAGCCGUCGUCUCGCUGUAUGACGUCCAUUCUGGGGAAACGUAACCUGCAGUUUGCUGGGAUGACCAUCAGCCUGACGGUCUCUACCAGCAGCCUCAACCUGCUGGCCUCCGACUGCAAACAGGACACAGCAGAGUAUGUAGCAUACGUGGCCAAAGAUCCAGUCAACCAGAGAGCGUGUCAUAUCCUGGAGUGUUCGGAGGGCUUGGCCCAGGAAGUCAUCAGUACGAUAGGGCAGGCCUUCGAACUGCGCUUCAAACAAUACCUGAAGAACCCCCCCAAACUGGUCACCCCCCAUGACAGGAUGGCUCCGUUUGACGGUUCAGCGUGGGAGGAAGAGGAAGAUGAGGGAGCACCGCCCCCUGCAGAUGUUCCGUACUAUAAUAACUUCCCCGGGAAACAACCUCCUCCUGGGGGACUGGUGGACAUGAGGGCCCGCCCUGGGGCUACGCUGCCCUAUGGACAGCCGGGUCAGAAUGAUAUUCACAAGCAGCCGCUUCCCCCUCUACCAAUUGUUUCAGUGGGAGCAAAGGAGGGAGGGCGGGACCUGUGUGAUGACCCCUCAUACGUCAAUGUGGAUAAACCCCGCCCCACAACAGCUGCAGCCAAUGGCAACGCUCACAGAGAUGCGUUCGACAUGAAGCCGUUUGAUGAUUCCCUGGGUGUAUCAGGUCUGGGGGUCUCAGCGGCGCCCCCUYUGGUGGAACAGCUGCAGUGCGAGGCCUGGUUCCACGGCAGCCUGAGUCGCAGGCAGGCUGAGAGACUGCUGACCCGUGAUGGAGACUUCCUGGUCCGAGAGUCAGGCACCACCCCUGGACAGUACGUCCUCACUGGACAACAGGGGGGUCAGCCCAAGCACCUACUACUGGUCGACCCAGAGGGAGUGGUACGUACCAAAGACCACCACUUUGAGAGUGUGAGCCACCUGAUCAGUUACCACAUGGACAACAGACUGCCCAUCGUAUCAGCAGGCAGUGAGGUGUGUCUGCAACAACCAGUGGAGCACAGGGCCUGAACACACACACACAAAUACAGCAAUGCAACACACACACACACUCUCAGAAACACUACACACAUAAGCAGUGCUGACAACAUUAAGGAAAGCCAAAAAAACACCUCUGUCACUCUUUCUGCCAAAAUCAUUUGUUCUCUGCUUUUCCUCACACCCUCCUCUCCUCCUGGACGACUCACUGUUACCUCCGUGAUCCCUCCUUCUGUUCAUCCUUCUGUCAUCGAGGUCCACUCCCUCCAUCCCUCCAAAGAACGUGGGAGUAACACCUUGGAACACUUUAUUUUCCUUCUCAUUGGGACAGAAAUUAAUACAAUUUAGUAAAAAACGGAGCAUUAUUAAUUAAAUCAUGCCAUAGAAUAAUUCAGAAAUGAUACAAUCAUAGUAAAGGAGGACUAUGGACCUUGGAGGGGAGGAGUGAAACGUAGAGAAAGGAAUGGAGGGAUGGGGGAGAGGUCUUGAUCCAGACAUGGCAGAGGAAACAGUUUCUCUCACCGUCACAGAAGCACUCCAAAGACUUGUCUGAUGAUUGGACUCAUCAGAGAGCUCGGACAUGGACCCUCCAAUCAAAUAUCAGUGGAACACAUGAAUAACCAAUCAUGACUGAGAUCAGGCCUCCUGUUAAUAUGCAUAGACGUUUUUGUGUCCACACCAAUCAGGGCCCUCGCUCACCCUCAAGCCACUCCCAUUAAAAUACUUUUCAUCUUUGACCAUUGACCCCCUGAGUGAUACCUGGUGAUGUCACGGAGGACGUCUCUGUAUGCAAAAAGGGGGUUGCUAUGCCAACAACCAUUGUCUCCGUCUGUCCAAAUAUGGACACGGUUUCUUUCCGGCCUCCAAAGGUGGAGUUUGAUAAAAAGGAUGUGAUUCAUGCCCAUCCGACAUCCGCAUGUCUGUCUACAAUGGACUGGUCUCCCUGUCUGUCUGCAUGGGACUGGUCUUACCUUUCUGUCUGCAUGGGACUGGUCUUACCUUUCUGCUCUGAUCAUGACAAAGAAAGUGGACUUGGUUGGACUGGGGCAGCAGAAACCAUGGAGAUGACUCAUACACCAACAUACAGUGUGUUAGUCUGUAUCUGUCAUGUGUACCWUCAUUGGGAGUAUAGUGUCUUUACAUAGAGAGGGAUGGAGAGAAGACUGGGAAGGGGCAGGGGGGAGGUUCCACAUCUAGAGAUGUCAUCAGACUUAGACACGAUGUCAUCUGAAAGAGCUCAAAACCAAUUCUACGACGAUGUCACAGUCAACCCAAAUGCGGCUGUCACAAUUUAAUCGGUACUGUGUUGGAAUUGUAGUUCAGAUUAUUGCCAAUAUUUUCUUGCUUUUCAAUGGAUUUGUUGUUAAUAUCGGUUUGCCUUGACAAUCUAUAGCCAUGUCUCUGUCUGGACGGGUAGGGGGUGGAGAGGUUGGGGGGGCAUACUGGAUGAAGUGUGUUUUAAUGCCGAAAGCAUCCGGUCCAGAGCAUUCAAAGCAAUGAUCUUAUCUCCUCUCCAAAUGUGCUGCAAGGUCAGGAGAUUAGCUUUUAGCGUUAGCAUUAGCUUUUAGCAUUAGCGUUAGCAUUAGCUUUUAGCAUUAGCGUUAGCAUUAGCGUUAGCAUUAGCGUUAGCAUUAGCAUUAGUGUGUGAUGUGUUUCUUCUCAGCUCACUGCAGGGAAAACUGUUAUCAGCACUGUUCACAAUGGAAUCUGGGAGCUUCGCGAACGUUGGUCAGACGUUGGACUUUGACGUGUUGUUUUCCUUGGAAUUAGAAGAUAGUAGAGGGAGAGAAAGUGGAGGAAUCAUCCUCUCCUCUCCCUCCUUCUCCAUGAUAUUUUUUGUGUCUUUUACUAGUGCCUUGUUUCUUCGAUGCAGUCACCUCCCUCCAGUGCAGUCUGUCACCUAAUGUACUGUGCUUAUUGUACAGUCAGUUGAUGUACCUAAUCCAAAUGUAGUGGACCGUUGGAUCCUGUCACAUGGUCUCUCAGGCCAUCAAAGACUGCAAAAAGGACACUGACUCUCACCACCCAGGUCCAGUGAUGGCAAUCCGCUCCUCUAUUGCACAUUCAUUCUUACUUCCUGUUGUCACUUGUUGUUGUCACGGUUGCUCGAUGUCGCAGCUCUCAUUGGAGGGAUUUCCACUCCACCUGUAAAUAACAUCAGAUCUGAUUGGUCGGUUUGAGUUCUUGGUUCUGAAAUUAAAGUCUUUAUUGUUUAGAUUUUAUUAAUAAAAUGGGUGGGACAGAACCAGAUACUGUAUUUCAUAUGUAAUACUCACAGAAUACUUUUCUCUCUGAAUCCAAGUCAUUUUGAUUCUAGCCAAUGCACCAUGUCCAGAUUUUUGAGGGAGGCUGAAACCAAACUGUAAACGUGGAAGUGAAGAGUAGACUGGGAUCUGCCACCUGCUGUACAAAAUAUUUCUGUCUCAUCAGGAGGGUUGCAAAAUCCCCUGGUUUUCCAGAAAUCCUGGUUGGAGGAUUCAUGGAAUUCCUGCUUAUUCGCUCGUGUAAUUCUAGGAUUAUUUUAACCAGGAUUUCUGGGAAACCGGGGAAUUUGGGGAAAGUUAUCUGAAUUCUGCAACUCUAGUCAUGAGAAAGGGCUCUCUGAGCCUGGACAGGUAACUGUUUUAUUCAUCUUUCUCAUCGUGCUUCUGUGUGUGUGUGUUGUGAGAGAGGAUGUGUGGAUGAUCAGAGUUUAUGGUUGGGAGUGUAGGGGGCUGUGUAGUUCUUACAUGGUGGCAUGUGUGCUCUGUGUGUGAGGCCUUUGCUUCAUUCUGUCACAAACACACAGGAGGGACAGCUGUGUUAGACACAGACUGUUUAAGUGACUAUAGGUCCUGGAUAGGCAACAAGGAAACUAGUAUACAAGCCCCAAGGUGUGUGUGUAAAAGGAAUAAUCUAUCCUCUACAUCAUUUGUGAAGCAUUCUAGUGUUGUCAUUGUUCAUCACAGUUGCCUUUGUUGCAUGGAAAUCAUUUUUUACAGUUUCUAUAUUGUUGUUGUUUUGAUGUACUUUUUGAUUUUAGUUUUGAAAGCCAAAGGGUUAUUUUCAAUUAGCCUUCACAAAUAUUGAUUUUAAAUUUGUACUUUUUACAGUUCUGUUGUAAUACUCUUGUUCUUUUGUGGGAAAAUACAUCUGUUUACACCUGUAUCUGAAAUCACAGAUUGCAUAUAAAUGCAUAUAUCAUGCAUCUUUCUUGGUGAGUUUGGCUUUAAAAUGCAGUUUCUGGAUUUACUC